AUGGGGGAUAUUGACUGGAGACGCGUUAGAAGCAGAAGAGACAGAAAUAAUGUUAAAGAAAAAUGGGACGCAUAUUAUGGAGAUGGAGGAACAAAGGAGGGAGAAGUGAAUGAGACCCAUUUUAUCUACUUCUCUGAAAUCCCGAAGAAAGUGAAGGCUGAGAUGAUUUUCAACUUAUUCAGAGAAUACGAUAAUGUUAAAGAGGUGGUCAUCCCUCCUAAAAGGAACAAACUUGGAAAACGGUUUGGCUUCGUAAGAUUCACCGAUAUUGAUGAUGUUAGGGUUCUCGCCUUGAAGUUGGACAACAUCUUCAUAGAUAGUGUUAAAAUACAUGCAAAUAUCCCUAGGUUUCCAAGACUAGAUAAAGGUAAUAAGGGAGACGGGAAGAUGUAUCGAGGUUAUCAGGGAGAGUCUGGUAUACAUGUACCGUUCAGAAGGAGUUAUGGUGCUGCGGAUGUUAAAGUGGGGACAGAUCAUUUGUGGAGGUCGUAA